AUGGGAAAUGAGUCGCCCACCCCACGCCAGCUCUUCACAGAAGCUAUUGUCUUCUGGUCUAUAGGGUUUGUCAUUUAUGUCGGGAGAAUCUUGGCUCGUAUAAUCGCCAAUGGAUAUGGAGUCAAACGGUUACUUGUGGACGACUAUGUGAUGACGGCGACCUUCGCAAUCUAUACCACACUGCUAAUACUGAUCCAAAUAUCGGCCCGCUACGCAACGAACCUCAUGGACCCGAAGGACUACAAUAAGGUGUUAGCAGACCCAAAGCAAGUCAGCGAUCGAGUGUAUGGAAGCAAAAUUGUCAUCGGUUUGGAGCAAUGCAUGUUGGUCUCAACCUGGGGCGUCAAGACAUGCAUGUUGAUUCUGUACUGGCGAAUCACGCAGAAUCUGAAAUCGAACCUCUAUAUCAAGAUCCUUUCCAUUUACACUGCCGUCGGAUUCGUCGUCGUUAUGGUCACCUACUAUGCAGUUUACUGUCGGCCGUUCUCCCAAUACUGGGCCAUGCCGGUGGAUAACAUGCAGUGUGCGACAUACCAGUACUACUCGAUAACCCAAGCCGUCUUCAAUAUCUCUUCUGAUGCCAUCAUGUUCGCCAUCCCAAUUCCCCUCCUAAUCAAAGCCCAACUCAAACGGCGCAGGAAAUUUGUCCUCAUCGGCGUGAUGAGUCUGGGCUUGUUCACUAUCAUUGCUGCUAUCCUAAACAAAUAUUUCAAUUUUGCCUCCCCGCUCACAACCACCUACCAAAUCUGGUACAUCCGCGAAGCCAGUACAGCAAUCUAUGUUGCUAACCUCAUGUGUUGGUGGCCACUAUUGCGCAGAUUGUUUGGCGUCAAGGCAUUCCAGUACAACAGCGACCGAGGAAAACGACCUGGAAACCUUCAGAACAAUGAUUACUCCAACAACUCACAAUCUCGUCCUUCAUUCACAAUCCAUCGCUCAUGGAAGCCGCUUUUUCGUCGAGGAAACAAAUACACUCCGCCAGGCAAGUACACUGGCGGCAAGCGCUCGAGUACUGAACCCAUUAACAGGUCCAAUACCGAGUUCAUAAGCGACAUGCACCGUCUUGAAGCUGUUCCCCUGGAAGUCUGGACCAAAAAGGAGGAUCUUACAACUGAUAUUUCGAUAACCCAAGGCCCACCCAACUUGUUUGAAAGACAACAUGAAGUUCAAUUGGACCAAAAGCAACACACACACUCGCCUUGCUGA